CUUAACUAAUUAGUUCCGGUGUUCAACUAAUUAGUUUCAUUGCUUAACUUAUAUGAUACCAAGGUGGCCUUUUGUGUAAGACCGUCUUAUAUAAAAAUUUGUGAUAUUUCUCAAUGUUUUUCCUGUUUGUAAUUUCUGCCAAAAAAAAGAAAAAAAAAGAGUUGCCUUUUCAGCUUCCACAAAAAAAGAAAAAAAAAGAAAAAAAAAGGCGUGCCAUUCUAUUUGCCCAUCCCGUGCUGUUUCUACGCUCUGCAUUCCUUGCCUCCUCCUUUAAUGGCUGCUCUCUUCUUCCCAUUUUCCAUUACUUCUGCUCACUUAACACCUUUUUCCUAAAUGUUUCCUUUUUUCUCUCUCCUACAACCUUCAAUGCUCUUCAAAUUAUGAUUACACUCAAUUCUGGAAAAAUAACAUUAAAAGACAGGAGAUUAAUUGUGGCAAUAAAGCAUGGAUAAUUUGUUGAACUAAGUAAAUAUUUAGAGAUGUCGCGACCUUCCCAACUUCCACCACGGUGCCCAUUGCAAAAGAAGGCUGCUGCACGGAAAACCCUCGAACCGAGCUCGAAUAAUUGUCGAGGAUUUAAUAAGUCAGGCGGUAGGCAUCAACGAUCAUUGUCUCAAAGUUCAGUGUUUGAGGAACAGCCAGCAUGGAUUGAUGAUUUGCUCAGUGACUCGGACUCAGUUCCCGAAGGGAUUUAUCACUGCCGGUCUGCUAGUGAUUCGUUUACUCUUUUGGAUAGCAUUGUCCCAAACAUGCUUCUAUCUGAGGAAGGCUUUGUUGAUGAUGGUAACAUAUUGGGGUCUGGUUGUAUAUAUGGCCCCAAUUCUCCCCGUCGAAGAUCCAAUCUAGAGUUUACGGAUAACACGGUGCUUUUGGCCAUGUCUGAUUAUGUUAAUCAGAGUCCGAUGCAGUUUGUUGACGAGAUUCCCCGGAGUCCUUUUGACUUAAAGGAUCACUUUUGUGAUUCCCCCAAUUACUUCAGUAUUGAUGCAAAAACAGGAAAGAGGCACCCAGGACAACGCUCCAGGGCUCGCAAGCUUCAGUACAUCGCUGAACUGGAAAGAACUGUAAAUGUAUUCCAGACAUUGGAAUCAGAGUUAGCGGUCAGGGUUUCUGCAUUGCUUCAGCAAAAAGCUGCUUUGUUACUGGAGAAUAACAAGUUGAAGCAGAAAAUGACAUUACUACAGCAAGAAAAACUGCUAAUGGAUGGAGAAUAUCAGAACCUGAGGGACGAAGCUGAGAUGCUGAAACUGGGCUUGGCAAAAUCUGUAAGCAGUAGUAAGAUUCGCACAUCUGUUGAUGCAAACAAUUCUGACUCUACAAAAAUUACAUGGCAGAGUUUGGAUUGGACAAAACUUCACAUGUGAAGCUGAACUCUCAAGGAUAAGUUACUGUUACUUUAGUUUUCUUUGAUCGAGUAUUUGUGAUCAAAAGAAAAUGUUAUUAUUUCCUACUGCAGCCUUUAUGUGAAUCACUUCCAAAUAUUUUUGUUUUUUGGGAACUCAUUUCUCUUCAACCUCCAAGCGCCAAGAUUCAAGAACAUAGGAGUGAACACAGGAAGUACCAUAGGAACCAUUACCAAGGUAUUUGAUGUGCUAUAGGAGACUUGUUAUUAUCUUUUCUAUGUGGAUUUUAGUGUUUUACAAUAACUUCAUCUUUUGUACGGAGUACUAUUUUAUGCAUGAAAAUAAUUUUGAAUUAAUCUUAAGUGACGGAGUGCUUCUUUUUCCAA